AUUCAUUCAAUCUUGUCAUUGUGAGUUGUGAUUGUUACGUUAGGUAGUGUGGUGUAAGAUUUUUUUGUACUAUUCAAUUUCAUCUCUUUGUGUUUUGCAGAUGUUGAUGUUAAAUACAUUGCCAUUUCAACUUUAUAUCGUGAAUAAUUUUAAUGCCAUGUGUUUCGGACAAAAUCAAAGAAGUAGGUUUCGUUCAUCUUAACAUUCAACUACAAUGGCUGCGUCUACUACUGAAAUCGAGGAUUUCUUAUGCGGGCCCCUAGUUUCGUGGUUAAAAUCAUGCCUCCCAAAUCCGGAUAUCAUCACAGAAUAUUCUACCCUCUUCAAUGGAGAUAUUUUACACCAAGUUUAUCUUCAAAUUGAUCCAGAACCUUCAUAUCAUAUCACAAAAUUGGCAGGGUUAGAGGACCAAGCUCUAUUACUAGGCAGAGUAAAAAAUUUUGAUGCCAUUGUAAAAAAUGUGAAGGCGUUGUUUGAGGAUGAACUGGGUAUGACACUUUUGGUUGUUCCGGAAUGUAUAUGCUUGGGUAAAGCUCCAGAGACCAGAGAAGGACUUGAGAAUAUGAAAUUAUUAAUUUUAUUAUUACUUGGUGCUGCUGUUCAGUGUCCCAAUAAGGAACUAUUUAUUACUCGAAUUAAGGAGUUGGAUGUGGAUUUACAGCAUAAUAUAGUGGAAUGUAUUAAACAAGUGACAGAUAUGCAAACAGUUGUUUUGACUCCAGAUGCUAUAGACCUGUUCCAAUCCCCAACAAUGUUUAAUCAUAUGCGACGCUUGGCAAAAGAACGAGACCACUACUUAAUAAAUUGGGCUUCUUUAGUGCUUAAUGAAGGGUUAUGUGAAAAUGAUAAUGAGAAUAAAAAUGGAAAGAGUCGGUCUACACAGAAUAUUAAUCAGGCAAAUGGUGAGAGUCAACAUCUUGCUGUUGAGUUGGCUGAUUGGAAGGCGCGAUUACGGAAGCAAAGACAAGAAUUAGAAGAAAAGUCUGAACAAUUGUCUGAGUGUCGUGAAGAAUUGGAGCAUACUAAAUUAGUACUGACUAAGUUACGUACUGACAGUCAAGAAUGGUUUAAUGAAGCUCGAAAAUCUGCAGCAUAUAGAGAUGAAGUUGAUGCACUCAGAGAGAAAGCUGAUCGUUGUGACAGAUUGGAACAGGAAAUUCAACGAUAUCGCGAUCGUUUAGCUGAUGCCGAGUAUUAUAAAACCAGAGUAUCUGAAUUACGGGAAGACAACAAAGCUCUAAUGGAGACAAGAGAUGCAUUAGAGGAGCAGCUUCAAAGAGCAAGAAAGAGAGCAGAUCAAUGUUUAUCAUUAGAAGCAGCAAUGAUAAAAUUGAAAAGAGAAGCAAAUGAUAUAGCACUAGAAAGAGAUGCGGAUCAGCAGAAAAUUCAAGAAUUAAUAGAAGAAAAUAAUCAUCUUCAAUAUAUUACAAAAUCAGUUCUUAGUGAAAGUAACAACAGCAAUUUAGAUACAGAUAAUGAAUGCGAAAGUACAUUAGAAUCUGGCGAAAAUAGUUUAUCUGAACAACUGACAAGUAAUGCACAAGCAAGAGCAUUAAAACUGGAAUUAGAAAAUAAGAGAUUAUUGUCAACCAUUGACAAUUUGAAGGAACAGUCACUAUUGGAAAGUAGUGACAAAAUGUUAGAACUGGAGAAAGAAAAGAAAAGGUUAAGUUUAAAAUGUGAUCAAUUACAGGAAAAUUGUAAUAGACUUAUGCAGCAAAAUUCUGAAUUAGAGGAUGUUUUCAAAAAUGCUUUAGAGGAGAACAGAAAACUUCAAGAUUCAUUGGAUAGUCAAAAAGUAUUUAUAGAUAAACAAGCCAUUGAUAGAGAUUCAGAGAAAAAUAAAUUACAAGAUUUUGAAAGACAUUUAGAGUCUUUAACCAAAGACAAGCAACGAAUUCAAAUGUUAUGUGACUCAAUACAAAGACGAGCAGAUGAUUUAGAAAAAUCUCUUGAUGCAAGAACCAAGGAGUUAAAUAUUGUGAAACCAGAAGCUGAAAAAGUAACUGCACUCAUAAUACAAACUGAAGAACUAAAAACAAAAUUAACUUACAGUGAAAAAGAAUCGCAUAAUCUCCAAAGAGAAGUAAAUAAAUUAAGAGAGGCAUCUGAAGAAAAACAUGUACUACUCGAUAGUUUAACAACUGAAAUUGAAUUAAAGAAAAAAGAGAUGGAAAGGUUAAACAGAGAAUUAGAAACGAGUCAAACAGUUAUCAGCAAAUUACAAGAUUCAGAGCAAAAAGCACAAGAACUAAAAUCACAAAAGAAAGUGGAUUCAGAAACUAUACAAACAUUACAAAAGGAUUUAAUCAAAGAAAAAGUAAAUUUUGAUAGAUUAAGAAAUUGUGUAGAAAAACUUGGCAUUAAUGUAUCUGAAAUUAUAUCUAAAGAAGUAACUGUAGAUGACUUAUUAGAAAAAAUUAUAACAAACUCUGAUCAUGAAGCAUUGAUAUCUGAAAUUGCUGCCAAAGCUAAUUUAAUGAAAUUGGUCCCUUGUUCUUGUGAUCACAAAGAAAAAUUAGAUGUUGAUGAAAAUGUAACAAAUCCUCAAAUUGAACAAUUGACAUCUGAUUUAGCAGCUCUCACAGCUUCUCUUGAGAAUUGUCAAGCCGAGAAUGCCAAACUAGAGGUUAACAUAGCAACUUUAAAUUCUCAAAACGGUUCAUUAAUUUCACAACAAAUGACUUUACAACUUGCCAAUAGUCAAUUAGCUGCAGAAAAAGAAGAAAUAAUUAAACAACUUGAGGUAUUAAAAGAUAAACAAGACAACCUUUUACGAGAUCAAGUAGCUUUACAAACUCUCCAUGAACAAUUAAAUACGGAGUAUGAAAUGCUACUCAGCGAAAGAGAACCUGUGAAAGUUACUGUCAGAGACUUAAAAAUAGAAAAUAGAGAAUUAAAAGAAAGAAUGGAAAUAACACAAAAGAAGUUGUCAGAAUAUGAAUUGGAACAUGAAAACUUAAAAAUAGAGUCACGAAAUUUAACGAAUUUGAGAGCAGAACAUUCUAAACUAAAAGAUGAUUUUAGAAAUCUAUUUACAGCAAGUGACAGACUUAAAAAUGAAUAUAGAAAUAUGCAGGAAGAAUACAGAAAUCUGAGGAGUGAAGUAACUCAACUUAAACUUAGAAAUACUGAAAUGUCAGGUGAAAUGAAUACCAAACAAGAGAUUAUUACUAGUAUGGAACUGGAAGUAAACAAGACUAAUCAACAUUGUGAAAUGUUAGUACAAAUGAAUAAAAGCUUGGAUGCCGAUAGACGGUCUUUGAUGGACCAUGUAUCUCAACUUUUAACACAAUAUCAUGAAUUGCUAGCACAUUCUUUAAAAGAUAAACAACACUAUCAUGAAGAAGAAAAAAUGUUUGCAGAUAGAGUUAAUGCUUUAUGUCGACAAAAAGAGAAGCUGGAAGAAAAAAUUAUGGAACAUUAUAAGAAACUUGACAAUUGUACACCAAAACGACGUGGUUUUGGAGCAUCUUUCGUAAAAAGAGUGCGAAAAGCCGGCACUGAUUUGAUAAACAAAGUGCCGUCUAGAAAUAACAAAAGAAUUGAAGAUGCCAGUCGAUCUAAAUCACAGUUAACAUUAGCUGGUUCAGAAUCUGGGGAGUCUGAUCCUGGUAGUCAAGAUAUAGAAAAAAUAUCUAAGAUUUCAGACCAGGAUCAGGGCUCAUCCAAUCCUAGUGCUGAGUCACCAAGGCAUAGUUCAGACUCAAGUUUCAGCAGGCGAUUCGAUGACAAACUUUUGAAGAAAUCAGAUAACAUUGAUAUAACAGGAUCAUUUCCGAGUUUAGAUUUUCGGUUGACAAAUGAAACAAAUUUUGUAAGACGCCUCUCCACCACAUCAAUGCAUAGCGGAGGCGGAGAUGAUGCUUUAAUUAGAGCAUCUCUUAGAAGACGGCCUCAUAAAGCCGUGCCUUCUUCUCAUAGAAAUAGCUACCAGGGUUUGGAGGGUGAUACAGGACUUCCAGCAGUGUCGACUCCAUCUCCAGUUUUUGGUACAGCUGGUUCGCGUCGUACUGUAUAUCUUGCAGACGACAACCCUGAUGUAACUCUUAAUUCGAAACCUCAAAGCACACCGUUAAAAGAUAAUCCUACUUAUUUGGUGUAUAAUCGAAUUUCGACAGUAAUAGGUGAUGGAGCUUCUCAAAAUACUAACGAUAGGGGUACUAAUGAUCUUCAUCGUUCAAUGUCAGAACAUCCCCGUUCAACUGUUGAUGAAAAUAUGCAGGACAGAGAGGAGUUGCGACAUGAUAGAAGGACCGUCAGUCGCAAUGAAAAAUCUGACAACUCCAAGGAGUCUGCAAUUUGGUAUGAAUAUGGUUGCGUAUGAUAUUUAUUAGAACUAAGAAGCUAAUUUGAAUGCAUGAAUGUGCAGACUGACGAGAUGCCUUGAAUUUAGAUAACUUUACCAUUUUUGAAAUUGUGAAAUGUGAUUUGAAUGUUGGAUUGAUAAUUAUAUGAUAUUUAUUGAGAUUGAAGAAGGAUUGAUGCGUUUCAUGUUAAAUAAUGAAGACAGUAUUAACUUGGCAUUUAAUAAUUUUGUCCAUGAUGUACCUAUAUAUUUAGCUUUAAAAUUUACUUAAUUUUUUUUUAUCCAUUUAAAUAAAGCAUUGCAAAGCAUAUAGCAGAACAAAUUUAUUGCAGGCAAUUAGAUAAUAAUUUAUAACAAAAUACAUGAAAGGACUGACUGACUCCUUAAACUGAAAGCUAUUGGAAGAUAUAAGCAAAAGCUUAUUUAAUUUUAGCCUUAUAUUAUCUUCAUAUUUUAGUAUUAAAUACUCUUGCAACAACUCGAAUUUUCUACUAAUUUAUAUUUUAAAAUAUAAUUGGUAAUCUAAUAAUCUCGAAAGUAGAAUAAAGUAUAUACAAUUGAUAUUAAAAAUUCCAUAAACAUAAUUUUACGAUAAUUAUGAUUAUCUAUUCCUAAUACUCGAGAAAAUAAAUAUGAGGCUCCAUUAAUUAAACGUAAUACUGACUUGUUAUGGAAAUUAAUUUAAACUCCAAUUAAUCAAAAUGCACAAAAUAAGAAAAAAGUAGCAACAAAUAAAUGCAAUAAUUUUAAGUAUUGAUUUUAUUAUUUCCUUGCCAGUGAUUAUGUGACACUUGUUUAAUUUUAAGUUAGUUUUACCGGCUAAUUUUAAUAUUAAUAAUGAUUUUACACUUUUUUAAAGCAUAAUUAAUUUGUAUAUGUACAAACUAUUUUGUUGUUUAUUUAUUAAUGAAGUCAAUUCAAAUUUAUAUACAAUUUUACAACUGUGUUUUUAAGAUUGACUAGAAUUAUUACUAACUUCUAAUUUACAAUUUUAAUUUAGUUCAGUACAAAGAAUUUGAUUUUGUAAUAAUAUUUUAGUAAUAAUAUUAUGUGAUAAAUCCUAGAUGGUAUAUACACUUAUAUAAGAUUAUAACAUUAAAAUAAUGCGAAGUUUGAUUCUUCACAAUAUAUUUUAUUUUACUUUUAUAUUUUUAUUGUGAUUUUCUUAUGUGUUUAUAAUUUCACUUUGUGAUCGAAUUUAUAUUUUAGCAUUCGAUUGUCGUUUUGUCUAACUAAUCCCUUAAUUAUACUUUUGUACUUAAAUAAUCCCUAGUGCCUUGUAGCAAUCUUGGAAAUCGGACAAGUAUACUCUUGGAUAUAAAAAUGCGUUCACCCGACAAAUUUUUUUUUUUGUUAAUAAAUUUGAAUGAAAGUUAGUUACGCAGAUGGUUAAAUCGUAGAUUUUCCAAAUUAUGGCAAACAAAGUCGUGAAAUUAUAUAUAUAAAAAAUAUUGAGAUUGCUUUAUUUAACCUAAAAAUACAGAACCCACAUAUUUGUAGUAGAAGGCUCUCUAUGUGGUUUAAAAAGCCAAGCAAGCAAAUCAAACCAUAACAAGAGAACACAAGUAGGGUCAUUAUAUUUUAUUAUAGUUUAUACAACUAAAUAUUAAAUAUAUUAAUUAGCAUUAGAAACAACAUAUUAGCCGACAGGCUACUUGACCAUAGACAGCACAGUAUAUGUAAUGUCGCCAGUUGCACGCCUAUAAAUUAUGUGUUUUACAUUCCUGAGGCCUCGGGUAUAAUAUGAUUUAUUAUGUUUGUGUUAUACUUCUGACGAAAAGGCAUUUAAACGACAUUCAUGGUGAAAAUGAUAAGAAGGUACCUGUUCUAUCCAAGCAAAUUGCAAAACUUGACCCAUUUAUAUUAAAAAUCGGUACUCAGAAUAUGGUGCUCUCUCUCUCUCUCUCUUCAAUUUAGAUUUUUUUCUUUCUAUACAAAAAAAAAAAAACAAAAAAAAUAUUUCUUAGCUUUAUAAAGUGUAAUAGUUUACUAAGCAUGUGUACUAUAAAUUAAUAUGUAAAACAGCCUCUCACCGAAUUUAUGUCUUAGCACAUUACUUAAAUACUGUACUUUGAAAAUAAAACUGGAAAUCUCA